AUGACGAAAGUGGAAGAGCAAGAGCAGCGGUUGGGCUUGAUGGCUCAGGCUGAGCGGAUUGCUGGCGAGUUUAGUCUCAGUGCUGAGCAUGUGCGGAGAGUGACGAGGCAUUUAGUCUGUCAGAUGAAGGACGGCCUUGCAAAUGAACGCCCUUGGCAGUUACCUGCCUAUCUGCAAAGCGUACCGACUGGAACUGAGAAGGGUCAGUUUCUAGCCGUUGAUCUCGGUGGAAGCAACUGCAGGAUAUGCAUGGCCGAGUUACAUGGCGAUUCCACUUUCACCGUUCUCCAAAGCAAGCACAAAGUCCCGCCCAGUGUCAUGGUCAAUGAAAGUUAUCUGCCUCUGUUCGAUUUUAUCGCAGGAAAUAUCGCAGAGUUUCUCAACGCACAUCUCGAUCCCAAAAGUCCAUCGCCUUACAAAUUGGGCUUCACGUUCAGUUUUACCUGUGAGCAGGAAUCUCUCAAGGGCGGUCGUCUCAUACACUGGGAUAAGGGUUGGGAUAUACCAGAAGCCGUGGGACGCGAUCCGUGCGUCAUGCUGCAAGAAGCCAUUGAUAGAAUCGGGUUACCCGUUCUAGUGACGGUUCUGGCAAAUGAUAGUGUCGGUACGCUCUUGACGAGAUCUUACAGCUCGGGUCAGAGGGUAUCCACACUGGGGGCAGUCAUUUUCGGGACUGGGACGAAUGCUGCUUACGUGGAAAAGCUGUCCAAUGUUAGACGGCUCAAAAAUAUCAAUGAUGAUACAGAAGGUAUCAUGGUGAUCAAUAGUGAAUGGGGAUCCCUGGACGAUGAGAUGAAAGUUUUGCCUCGGACAUCACUCGAUGAUGAACUCGAUGCGGCAUCCGUGGACCCCGGAUACGGAAUGUUGGAAAAGAGGGUAUCUGGGCUGUAUCUUGGGGAGCUUCUUCGAUUGGCGAUUCUACAGCUGUUGCGAGGGGGUGCUUUUCGCAUGACUGUCGCUGAAGAGUCUUGCCUUUUUCGACGAGACGGAAUUGACAGCUCUCUUCUGUCUAAUCUUGCGAGGACGGACGCCAAUGAUGUCGAGGGUGCAGUUGCGCUGCUUCAAGAUACACUCUCCGCCAAGACCGUCAGUAAAGUAGAUGCAAAGGCUAUCAAACUGAUAUCUGAGGCCAUUGCAAGACGAGCAGCGCGUUUAGCCGGUGCAUCAUUAGCAGCUGUCAUCAUCAAAAGCGGACGACUCGAAAGGCACCCCAACAGAACCACCCCUCGAAUCCCUUCAUUAAAGACCUCCAUUCUGUCAACAAGCUUCAAAAGCUUUUACAACUACGCGCCUCUUCUUUUCCGCCACCUUUUGGACUUUGUUCGACUGAUUUGCAAGAGACCCUCCUGGAUGCUGCCGAAACAUACGACAGGUGCUGAGACGAGCUCUCUGUGUGAGGAAAUUAUCGAUAUCGGAGCCGAUGGUUCUCUUAUAGAGUCUUAUCCUACGUUCGAGGCUGAUAUGCGCGGUGCCAUGAGGGAUGUUUCUGAGAUUGGAGUCAAAGGUGAGAAGCGAAUUAGGAUUAGUCUUACGAAGGAUGGGUCUGGUGUGGGUGCUGCAUUAAUGGCUCAUGCGGCAAGCUUGGCUGAAGUUGGUGGGUCAGUUUGUGAUUGA